CAUUCCUCAGCGCAGCACUUAGGUACUCUGUUCUGCUUCGUCCUGCGCAAUGCGCAUUUUCUGCUGCUCACGCGACGCUCAAACGCUGAUGAGAUUUGGCAGUCUCAGGUCGCAUUUUCCAUUGAGAGUCACAAAAGCAUGUACCUGAACAUCGGUCUUCAUCGCUUCGUGGCUCAGAAGCAAGGGACGGUGGGCUGCAGGAGAUCUUCUCUGAAAAGACUAAAGAGGAGACCUCGUUCUGACUGAAAAAGCGAAGUGCAUGGCAAGUCUCUUCUGCACUUGCUAGGGUUACGAACUCGGAUAGCAAAAGAUACUUGCCUUGUAGUACAUUCGUGCGGCAAAUGUACUCCCCUGAGCAUGGUGCUGCAAUGUACUCCAGGAAGGAGCGGGCCUAUUUUCAAGGGAGAACCCUGGAGUACAUUUGUGUGUCUGACUGCAAAGGGCCAGCCAUGCUGCAGCAUAUGUAGCAGAAGUCCCCUGGGCACCAGUAGGAUAGACUAGGGCCACGUCUUUCGGGGUACAGUUUUCUCAAGACCGGGUUGAUCAAUGAGCGCGCUGGGGUUAGGUUAGGGUUAGCACAACCAUGGCCCCUUCCAGGCCCCUGCCAACAGGGCCCAAGGCUGGGAGCUUCGCCAGCACCAAGGCGUUCAAUGCCAGGCUCAAAGCAAAGGCGUCUGAGACCUCCCUCGAAAAGGCAAGCAGCACCAAGCAGAGAGGGAAUGCAGCAAAGGCUGGGAUGGAGAGGGCGCUUGUAGUGUCAAAGGGGCUGGCGCUAUCACCUAUUGAGGAGAGCCCCAUAAGAGAUGGGCCGCUGCUGCUGCAGGAGGGACAGAUCAUGGUGUACGUGAGACUGCGGCCGAUGUCAAGGAAAGAGAAGGAGCAGGGGGCCAUGCAGUGCGUGGACAUCCCGUCAGAUAGGGACGUGGCGCUUACAGAAUUCUGUGCAGAGGGGGACUACUUGAGGUCAAAGCGGCUCAAGGGGCGGCACUUCACGUUCGACGUGGCCUUUCCAGAGACUGCAACGCAGCAGGAAGUUUAUAGGCUAUGCGCCGCACCCCUGGUCGAGGUGGUCCUGGAGGGGCGCAACGCCUCCGUCUUCUGUUACGGCGCGACAGGAGCGGGGAAGACGCACACGAUGCUGGGGAGGACGCGGGACCCAGGGGUCAUGGUCCUCGCCCUCCAGGACCUCUUUGAGCGGCUCGCGCAGCGAAGUACGACAGGGGAGGAGCGGUCCGUUAAGCUAUCAUACCUGGAAGUGUACAACGAGACUGUGAAGGACCUGUUGGCACCCGGGCGGCCGCUCGUGUUGCGGGACGGAGAGCAGGGCAUCACCGCUGCUGGCCUAACCCAAUUCACGGCGUCAUCGGCGGUCGAGGUGAUGUCACUGCUGCAGCGCGGCAACCAGAACAGGACCACCGAGGCCACGCGCUCGAACGAGACCUCGUCCCGUUCCCACGCCAUCCUCCAAGUCUUCGUCGAAUGCACCGCGCGCAGCCCGGCGACCGGCGGCCGUGCGCGGCGCUGCGGCAAGCUGUCGCUGAUCGAUCUGGCGGGAUCGGAGCGAGCUCUCGCAACGGACGCGCGCACCGUGCGCAGUCUUGAGGGCGCGAACAUCAACAAGAGCCUGCUCGCCCUCUCUAGUUGCAUCCGUGCGCUGGUCGACGGGAAGGGCCACGUGCCGUACCGCAACAGCAAGCUCACACAGCUGCUCAAGGACUCUUUGGGCGGCGCAUGUCACACCGCCAUGAUCGCCAACAUCAGCCCCGCGCACCAGCAACUGAGCGAGACCCAGAACACGCUUCAUUGGGCGGACCGCGCAAAAGAGAUCCGGACCAAGGCGCCGCAGGUGACGUGCGAUGACGUCCCCCCGACCGCCGAGGAGCACAUUCACGUCAUCUCGUCCAUCGAGAAAGAGAACGUGCACCUGCGCGCACAGCUCGAAGAGUUACAAAAAGUCCUGAACAGCGGAAACAUUCCGACCACCUCCGAAAUGGGGGGAACGUUCAUGGGCACGCCCCAGUCUGCUAACCGCCCCCCGCCGUAUGCGAGCCCGUACGGCGCACACCCAGAGCCGCCAAACCCCUUCGUCCGGAGCUCCUCUCGGUUUGGCACUGGUUACGGUAACCGGGAGGUUAACGAACCCCCGGCUCAAAGCUCCCCCGGGGGCGUUUCGCAGCGGGAACGAGCGCUAGAAGAGGAAAACCGGGCCCUCGUUGAACAGCUGAGCAAGGCCGAGAUGCAGCGGCGCGUCGCGCAAGCGGAGAGCCGGGCGGCCGGGAUCGACGCCGAGGCGCUGCGGAGACGGGUCCGCAGUCUGGAGAACGAGAGCGAGGAGUACCGGUUGCAAGCAACCGGGCUGGAGCAAAAGUCGGCGGAGCUCCAACAAAGAGUCCGCGACUUGGAAGCGGUUUUGGAUAGAACCGGGUCCGCGGUUAAAAAGACCGGGGCGGAGGCGCGGUUGCAAGGCCACGUGGAGGAACUAGAGCGGGAGCUCGAGGCUGCCGCGGGCCGCGAGAAGUUCCUGAGCGACCGAGUGUUGGGGCUGGAGGAGGAACUAGAGCGGGCGGGGAAUCGCGCGGCGGCAAGAAAAUUGUGGGAGCUCGAGGAGGAGGUGCGGAUUUUACGAGAAAAGGAGCGCGGGUUUGAGGCUACGGUCGCGGCGCUAAGUCACGAUCACGCGGUGAAGCUGAAGCAAAAGGACGAUUUCAUUCGGCAGGUCAUGAAGGAGAAAAAUGAGGGCGGAAAUAGAAAGUGGGGCGGGUCGGUGGGGGUGGGGAAAGAAGACGUCCGUCCGGGGUGCGAGACCCCCUCCUGGUGCAAGAUCCCCCGCGCCGGGGGGGCGAAAAUGAGGGCGGGCAGCCCCCCCCUGACGGUGUCCCCCGGGCACGACUUUUUGGGGUUGGGAAAGAAGCGCACAUUUUGGGACAUCACCAACACGGCGGGGAGUCCGAGCCAGAGCGGACGGAAGAGGACGCAGCUGGUGGCAAAGUCGGCGCCCGUGCUGACGUUUUCGACAAAGAUCUCAAAGCUGAGUGCACCCUCACCUCGUUAGGGGCCUCGACAUUCAAAAAGUGGGUGCUGCCAAGAGCCGUUAGUUAUCGGAUGCAAACGGGUAGCCAACUUUAGAAAGGAAGAGAUGAUCGAAUUGAAUUGAUAUCAUUGAAUCUGAAGAUUCUACAACAUAGAAGGCUGUGUCAAAAAAGUGUCAAAAACUGGCUUUGCAACUCUACAGCACUCAUCCUUCAACUUAAUAUCUUCUACUUGUAGUACAUGAUGAAGCAGAACAGGGUUGUGAUUGUCAUUCGACAUCAUUGCAGCGUGCGUGCG